AUGACAGACAACCGACCCCGACGCGCAUGGGCAAUAGCCGUGGGACAAGCCCUUGUCGGGCAAGCCGACGACCUUGCCCAAUGGAUUAUAGGCAACAACAAUGCUUCGUUUGACAACGACCCCGCGGAUUUUAUUCAAGCACUCCACAGCAGCCCCACCAGUAAUCUUAGCGGCGUCCUAGGUAAUAUCAUCGCUAUAACCAACGGACUCAUUCAACAGAUCGCUGCCGGCCAGCAUGACCUCGACACUGCCAACUUGGCAGCACAGACCGCAGAGCAGCAAGUCGCAACCUACCAGCAGAUUGUCCUCCAACAAGCUAUACCGCGCAACCGCAAGUUGUCCCACGACCCCGAGAAGUUCACCGGCACAGAAUCAAACGCCACGAAGCGCCAGCAAAACUACCUCACCUUCGCGAACAAAAUCAAGGCUAAUUUUAGAAACGAUCGCGCGUACUUCACUUCGGAGUUUAUGAAGAUCCACUACAUCUGCGGCCUCUUAGACUCCGUGGCCUACACCGCCAUCCAGGAAGAGAUUCUGACUAUCGACGAUGCCGACGAUGACGCCAACUGGGCAUGGAAGGACUCAGAGGAACUCUUCAAGGCACUGGACAAGCUACAUGCACCAGGCGAUCUUUCUCGCAAUGCUAGGAUUGAGCUCGAUAAGCUUAAUAUGGGCAACACUAACUUCCCGAACUUCCUCGCCACGUUCAACCGCUACGCCAACAGCUCCCGCCGCAGCGCAACUGAGAAGGUCGACCUUCUGAAGCUCAAGGUCACACCUGAGUUACUCGAUCGAGCCCUUACCCGCAAAGGCAGUCUCGCCGCAGACGACUUCUCGGGAUGGUGUGCGUUGUUCCAAGAUAUCUAUGCCGACAUGGAAGAACUCCAGCAUUACAAAUCUCAAGCCCAGCGCCUCCAAAGCAACAAAACCAACGCACCAGACCAGCACACUCAGAAGGCACCCCAAGCUCCCACCCCCCACCCCGACGCUAUGGACCUUGGUGCUGUCGCUCAGGGACGCCCUCACAAUACUGUCAUGCGCCCACCGCCUGGGAUUGACUCUAGGCAAUGGUGCAUCGACAACGGUCUCUGUCUAUAUUGCAAGUCUACAGGCCACCUACUCCGUGACUGCCCAGAGAAGGAUCGUGCCGAUCAGAAGCGGGCUCAGGGAUUCACCCCUGCCCGCCCACAGUUUGGAGGCGCGAGCAACUUCGCCCAGAACUACCAGACUCAGUUCAGCCAAAAACCCCACCUCCAGAAUGGACAUCCUCGCACACCACCCAGCUCCCUCCAGUUCAACGGUUUCCCACAGCACUCUGGCGGCCACCCUAGCUACAGCUCUCCACCUAUGCAAAACCGCGCUAUGGGUGGCUUCAUUGAGUACGAGCGUCUCUAG